AUGACCUCCUCUCCCUCCAAAUACAUCCGCAACCCCAACAACCUCCCCAGCCCCGUACCGACCUUCCACUCCGACACCUACCCUCGCAUCUCGCCCCUCCAAAACCCCACCCUCCGCCUACCGGGUAAACACGUAAUUAUUACAGGCGGCGGCAGCGGCAUCGGGCGUGAGACCGUCUUUUCUUUCGCGCGGGCUGGGGUGGCGAACAUCACGUUAUUUGGAGGUAGGAGAGGGGAGUUGCUCGAGGAGACGAAGGCGUUGGUUGAGAGGCAGGUUAAGGGUGUUGAGGUGCGGAUUUGGGUGGGCGAUAUUUGUGAUGAGGAGGGUGUGAAGAGAGCGGUAGAUGGAGUCAAGGGUGGAUGGGAUGUGCUUGUGUUGAAUUCGGGGUAUUUAAGUGAGAAGGGGAAGCUUGGGGAGGCGGAUGUGGGGGAUUGGUGGAAGGCUUUUGAGAUUUCCUUGAAAGGCUCCUUGGUAGUUCUGCAAGCCCUCCUCCCGCACCGCAAACCCAACGCCUCCGUUCUUUCGACGAAUUCCCUCGUCAUCAAUUACCAAUACCCGGAACGCUCCUCGUACAUCGUGUCGAAGUUGGCGUUGGCAAGGAUGAUGGAGUGUCUGGCGCAGGAGGAAGAGGAUUUGUAUGUCGUGAGCUUUCAUCCUGGCGGUGUCGACACGGACAUGUACAACAAGUUCUUCGGCGAUUACGCCGCGACGCAAAAGGCCAAAACCGGGACGGAUACAUUGCAGCUGCCAGCGGACUUUGCGGUGUGGUUGGCGAGUCCUGAGGCGAGGUUUCUGCGAGGGAGGUUUGUGUAUGCGAAUUGGGAUGUCGAUGAGCUGAAGCAGGUUUGCGAGGAGAGGUUUGAGAAGGAACCGGAUUUCUUGAAGGCGAAUGUCAUUGGGUGGCCGUUCUCGCCGCCGUGA